AUGGUGGAAGGCGAUUUGAACGUAGACAGCCUCAUCUCCCGGCUACUAGAAGUGCGAGGAUGUCUUCGUGGGAAGAUCGUCCAGAUGACGGAGGCUGAGGUGCGGGGGCUCUGCAUCAAGUCCAGAGAAAUCUUCCUCAGUCAGCCCAUCCUGCUAGAACUUUUGGCUCCGCUCAAAAUCUGUGGUGAUAUCCAUGGACAGUACACGGACUUGCUGAGGCUAUUCGAGAAGGGCGGUUUCCCUCCCGAGGCCAAGUAUCUGUUCCUGGGGGACUACGUGGACCGAGGGAAACAGUCCCUGGAGACCAUCUGCCUGCUGCUGGCCUACAAGAUCAAAUACCCAGUAAACUUCUACCUGCUCAGGGGGAACCACGAGUGUGCUUCCAUCAAUCGCAUCUACGGCUUUUACGAUGAGUGCAAACGCAGGUUCAACACAAGGCUCUGGAAGACGUUCACAGACUGUUUUGAUUGCCUGCCCAUUGCUGCCAUUAUCGAUGACAAGAUCUUCUGCUGCCAUGGAGGUCUCUCUCCUGAUCUGCAUUCCAUGGAACAGAUUCGACGCAUUAUGAGACCGACUGACAUCCCUGACACAGGCUUAAUGUGCGACCUGCUGUGGUCGGACCCGGACAAAGUCAUGCAGGGAUGGGGGGAGAACGAGGAGAGGAGAGUUUCCUACACCUUCGGGGCCGACGUGGUCACCGAGUUCCUCCUCCGCCACAACCUGGAUCUCAUCUGCCGGGCACAUCAGGUCGUUGAAGAUGGCUACCUGUUCUUUGCCAACAAGCAGCUGGUGACGAUCUUCUCUGCCCCCAACUACUGCGGGGAGGAUGAUAACGCCGGCGCCAUAAUGAGUGUGGACGAGUCUCUGGGGUGCUCCUUUCAGAUUCUGAAGCCAGCAGAAAAAAAGGCAAAGUACCGGUACCAAGGGGUGAACGUGGGACGCCCUGUCACCCCCCCUCGCACCACUCCGGCACCAAGGAGGAGGUGA